AUGAACGAAAUUUUAAAUUUUGGAGAAAUCAAUCAAAAAUUUAUUGAUUGGUUUUGUAGCAAUGGAGGAAGAAUAUCACCAAAAAUUGCUUUCAAUGAUUAUUCUUCAGAAAAUGCAGGUCGAGGAGUUGUUGCAGUUGAUGAUAUACAGCCAUUUGAAGUGUUGUUCAGUAUUCCGCAUUCUAUAGUUCUCUCUGAAAAAACAUCAUCGUUAAAAGAUUUAAUAUCAAGUGAUGAAUUUGAAAAGCUUGAUAAAGUAAACUCAUGGUUUCCACUCAUAUUGUGUAUGAUGUACGAAAGUCAAAUGGAGGAUUCUUUAUGGAAGCCUUAUUUUGAUAUUUUACCUCGAGAAUUUGAUACUCCAAUGUUUUGGAAUGAAGAAGAACUUGCAGAAUUAGAAGGAACAAACGUCAUUGAUAAAAUUGGAAAAAUUGAGGCGGAAAGCCAAUUUAAUGAACACUUGUUACCAAUAAUUCAGUCAAAUCCUUCAAUUUUCGAUUCGAAUAAACACAAUUUGGAAUUGUUCCAUUGCAUGGGAUCUCUUGUAAUGGCAAAUGCUUUCCAAAAUAAAAUAAAAAAAGAUGCCGAAGAAAAUAAUGAUGAUAAGGUGGAUGAAGAAAAAAUUACGAUGAUGCCAAUGGCCGAUAUGUUGAAUCAUAAAACUGGGUUUAAUAAUGCUCGAUUAUACCACGAAAAUGAGUUAUUAGAAAUGACCGCGAUCAAGAAAAUUACAAAGGGCGAACAAAUUUAUAAUACUUAUGGGGAAUUGUGUUCUGCGGAUUUACUACGCAAGUAUGGAUUUGUUGAUGAGAAUAAUAUCCAUGAUAUAGUGGAAUUAAAUGGACAAUUUGUGAUCGAGAUGCUUCUCGAAGAAGAUAUUCUAAAUGAUAUACUUAUUUUGGAUACUACAAAGGAAAUACCUCCUGAGUUAAUAAUAAUAGCUAAAAUCAUGAGAAUGGAUAAGGCCCAAUUUAAGACGUUUCGAAAAACAAAUCAUUUUCCUGAACCUAAGAUGAACCUUGAUAUUAAAACACCAUUAAUUCAGUUAUUUGAAAAACGAUUAAUAAUGUACAAGACAUCAAUAAAGGAUGAUGAAGAAAUUUUGAAAUCUAAUCAAUUUUCGUUGAAAUUAAAAUAUACUAUUAUUAUGAGAUUAAGUGAAAAACGAAUAUUACAAGG